AUGGAACCCUUAACACCGGGACAUUUUCUCAUCGGUAGCAGCAUGCAAGCAGUACCAGACGCCAACUACACCGACAUGCCAGACAAUCGCCUGAAGGAGUAUCAGCUAGUGCAAAAGCACAUGCGAAAUAUUUGGUCUCGAUGGUAUCCGGAGUAUAUUCAGCAAUUGCAAGCUCGAGCCAAAUAUUGCAAUGGUGUAGCGAAGCCAGGUUGUAACAUAGCAGAAGAGCUGGAUGGCGAUGCAUCGUUCGUCGAUGAGGAGGAAGAUAACGCUGAUCCUAGUGUUUCCGAUAGCUCUAGCGAUGAUGAAUCUAAGAGUGACGAAGGAGUCAUUGAUUUCAAAUCAAUGAAUAUUACAGAUUGCUUGAGGUACUUCGCUAUAGCAACCAAUCAAAAGCAAUCGGCCAUGAACAUGUUGCUCUCAAUUUUGAUUACAAAAACCAAUUUCGUGCUUCCAAAAGAUGCUAGAACGCUUUUAAACACCAAUAGAGAUCGUCCGGAACUAAGUGCUCUCGGAAACGGUACUUUCUGGACCCGUGGUAUUAAAAAAAGCCUCAUGGACAAUUUACGGUUUACUACUGUGACAGAAACAAUAUCUUGGAAUAUUUUUAUUGAUGGCCUUCCGUUGCACAAAAGUAGCAACAUGCAAUUUUGGCCCAUCAUGAUAAAUAUUCAAGAAAUGCCUCUGAUCGCACCUAUUACAACAGCGUUGUAUUGUGGGCGCACAAAACCAACAAAUGCUCAACAAUUCAUGGAUUUAUUGGUAAAAGAGCUGAACAAAUUAAUGGACGAAGGGCUUGAACUAAAUAAUUACCGAGUGCAAGUAAAAAUACGCGCAAUAAUAGCAGAUUCUCCAGCAAGAGCAUUUUUGAAAGCUAGUGACUAA